AUGAAUCUUUUAGGUGUAACGAUAGUCAUAGUGUGCUGUGCGGCACGAUCCAUCGAAUCAUCGCCUUGCGGCCAGCGCGAGGUGGAGGAUAAGGUGUGCACGGAUACCGAGUACGAGGCCUAUCGGCAGUGCAUCGAGGACACCCGGCGACAGCGUGAGAAGCGAGAAACGGUGGCCCCGUGCGAGGUGAACGCUGUGGAACCGGUGGUGCAGACGGUACGACCGUUCGAGAUGCUGAUUCCGGUGGAGCCACUGAAGGUGGUCCGUCAGCAGGCCUUUAAGCAGCUCGACCGCACCAUUAUCCUGCAAGCGGACACCGCCGACGAAGAUCCGGAGGAGUUCGACAACAGUGUGCACUAUCGGGUUCCGGCGAACGUCACGACCAUCAUACGGCUGGUGGCGGUCGUGAACAGCACCAACCACAUCCACAUGCCCACCACGCUCAACAACACCAAUGUGAACAAUGUCCACCUCUACCGGAACCUUACGGAGGCUGAGCUGACGAAGGACGAAGCUGACUGUUGCACGGCCGUGCGUCCUCGGAGCUGUCACACCACGUCCCAGGGAUUCCGCUGCAAGCAUCGUCGCUUCCGGGUCUGUGGUCCACAGUGCACGGCACCGAUUGUCCAUGUCCAGAAACGGAUGCGCUGUCACCAGUCGACGGGGGCCUGCGAGGAGAAGGUAGCCUACGUUCCUCAGCCGACCACGCCGCCCACCUGUGUGUACAUCGAGCAGUGGCCGUUUGUGGUGUGUGGCAAGGUGGCCAACAUGAGCGUGAUCUGUGCCGGGUGCUACGACCAUUACGGGCACGGUUACGAGGCGUACGGCUCGCGGUUCACGAUGCAGCAGCAGUGUAUCGGAUGUUACGAUGAUGCGUUCGACACUGGGCCCCUGUACCGCCGAGGUCCUGUGCUGCGGCCAUUUCAUUACCAUCAGCCACCGUGCUAUCUGAUCGGAGACUGCCCGGAAGCGUUCGACGACUGUGGAUACGGUUGCUACGGACACGACCUGAUCGAUCCCGUCUGGGGUGAAUCCGGCGGUCCGAGUGCCAUUGACCCAGCGAUGGACGACGACAACAUUGUGUACGUGUCCGACGACCUGGAGCUGUCGAACGGAACGUCCAACGAUUGGGGUGUCCCGGUGUCCAAGUGUGCCGUGGUCACGGACGGAGAUACGAUCACGGUACGAAACUGCACUAAUGACGUUGACAAUCCUUACCUAGCUGCCCCGGCCCAAUAUCCGUACUACAAUCCGGUCCCGCUGGAACCGAAAACGGCCCAUACUCAACCGGCGGCCAGUGAAGUGCAGAAGAUCAGCGUAAAAUCGAUCGCUGGCAGCGAUGAUGGUAAAGACGACGAGUACGACACCGAUACCGGCAGUGGUGUCGAAAACAAUGACGCGUUUUUGGUCGAGGAGUACGAAGAUAUCGAUUUCAAUAUGUAG